AUGGGACACCUCCACAACAGUCUUAGACCAUGGGACACCUCCACAACAGUCUUAGACCAUGGGACACCUCCACAACAGACCAUGGGACACCUCCACAACAGUCUCAGACCAUGGGACACCUCCACAACAGUCUUAGACCAUGGGACACCUCCACAACAGUCUCAGACCAUGGGACACCUCCACAACAGACCAUGGGACACCUCCACAACAGUCUUAGACCAUAGGACACCUCCACAACAGACCAUGGGACACCUCCACAACAGUCUCAGACCAUGGGACACCUCCACAACAGUCUUAGACCAUGGGACACCUCCACAACAGUCUCAGACCAUGGGACACCUCCACAACAGACCAUGGGACACCUCCACAACAGUCUCAGACCAUGGAACACCUCCACAACAGUCUCAGACCAUGGGACACCUCCACAACAGUCUUAGACCAUGGGACACCUCCACAACAGUCUUAGACCAUGGGACACCUCCACAACAGACCAUGGGACACCUCCACAACAGUCUCAGACCAUGGGACACCUCCACAACAGUCUCAGACCAUGGGACACCUCCACAACAGUCUCAGACCAUGGGACACCUCCACAACAGUCUCAGACCAUGGAACACCUCCACAACAGUCUCAGACCAUGGGACACCUCCACAACAGUCUCAGACCAUGGGACACCUCCACAACAGUCUCAGACCAUGGGACACCUCCACAACAGUCUCAGACCAUGGGACACCUCCACAACAGUCUCAGACCAUGGGACACCUCCACAACAGUCUCAGACCAUGGAACACCUCCACAACAGUCUCAGACCAUGGGACACCUCCACAACAGUCUCAGACCAUGGGACACCUCCACAACAGUCUCAGACCAUGGGACACCUCCACAACAGACCAUGGGACACCUCCACAACAGACCAUGGGACACCUCCACAACAGUCUCAGACCAUGGAACACCUCCACAACAGUCUUAGACCAUGGGACACCUCCACAACAGACCAUGGGACACCUCCACAACAGUCUCAGACCAUGGGACACCUCCACAACAGUCUCAGACCAUGGGACACCUCCACAACAGACCAUGGGACACCUCCACAACAGUCUUAGACCAUGGGACACCUCCACAACAGACCAUGGGACACCUCCACAACAGUCUUAG